GUAGCAGCAAUGCAAUGGUUUUUAAGUAUGAGGAGUAUAGCAACAUUAAGCGAAUUGACAGGCAGCUGAAACACUUGCUGUGUUAUUUUGGCAUCUGUAUUAUGGUAUGAUGAAUUCGGCUCUUCGCUCUUUUAAAUUCUGGUCGGGCAAAGUACCGCUGUUAAAAACAACUGCCAGAGAUCUGCAGUUACGUCAGUUUUCUCAUAAUACCAACUUCGGAAAACCACGUUGGAACGUAGAACAGAGAAAUCGGACGUUUGCGAGACAUUUUCCUAAAGAGCAUGGGAAAUUCAGUAGAUGUAGCAGGAAAGAAACGUCUUUGUCUGUUGCGAGGACAACUUGCGUAUCUUUUUUUAAGCUGUUCUCAACAUCUGUCCCUGUGAGAAGCGAACCUAUUGGAAAGAUAAAUUCGAGUCACUACCACUUGGUAUACACUUGCAAGGUUUGCUGGACGCGAUCAAUGAAGAGGAUUUCCAAAGUUGCUUAUCACAAUGGAGUUGUUAUAGUGACCUGUCCAAACUGCAAAAACCACCACAUCAUCGCAGAUAACCUUGGGUGGUUCUCAGAUCUCGAAGGGAAAAAGAAUAUCGAGGAGAUUUUGGCUUCCAAGGGGGAAAUGGUGAGAAGGCUACAGGGAGACGAGGCUCUGGAGCUCGUGCUGGAAAGCGCUGCCGACCUGGCCACGCGCAGCCGCUCUGGAGAGAAGACAGACGCCUCGUCGGAGGAAGAGAAAUGAUUCUGCUUUUGCACUCGAAACAUUAUGUACCAGAACCGUGACCAAACACAAAUCAUUUGACCAUCAAGUGUAUUCGUUUCUGCUAUUUUCAGGGAAGACCAUGAAAACUGUAAAUUGUUUUGUAAUAAACACUGUAAUGUUUGUGGGAUCCUUGUAUGGAGUGCGGUCUGUGGGGUACAUUUCUCGUAGUAAAUUGUAUUUAAUAUUCGUGGUUUUAACUUGGCAGAUCCAUAUUAAUUUGGUGUACUAAAGUUAACUAAGAUUUUUUUUUAAAUGGCAAACCUCAUGGCAAAUGUAACUCGUGAAGCAUAAUGUAAAAUUUAAAUACAUGUCCAUAAUGUUGAUACAUACAGCAGAUUAAACUGCAAAU